CUGAUUUUCCUUUCAUGAUGUUUCCAGUUGGUUCAGCUGGUGCCAGUGGAAAGAUCAAAGUGGGAGAAGCUGAACACGAAGGGGCUUCAUUUAAGUUUGAAGGUGCACCAAGCAUAAUUGGUUCAGCUAACGCCAAUGGAAAGCUUGAGGUAGGAGAAAUUGACCACGAAGGAGGCUCAUUUAUGUUCGAGGGUUCACCAUCAAGAACUAAAACUAUUCCUGGAUUGUCAAGUAUUUACACAUUGCCUGCAGGUUUGGUGGGCCAGUCAGCGGUGCUGAUGAAGAUCACAGUGAAGUAUAAUGAACACGGAGAGAAGUAUUUUACCUUGACACCCUUUGACGGAACUUCAAAUACCAAAACAGAUGGGACUGAAUUUUUAAUGAAGAUUGACCUGAAUAAGAUACUCCGAGAUGACUCCUUACAGUACACCUUCAGGAGAUUGUUGGAAAACUACAAUAGAGGAACAACUUACUACAAUAACAACGACGGGGUGAACACGCCGUUCCAGUUUCCCGUCGGUAAUGGACUGGAGAGUUUCUUCUCAACACUGUUUCAGAUGAUCAUUGAAACGGACUCCAGCGGGAAGAUGGUUACAACUCCAACCAACCCAUCGUCCAACUUCCAAGUUAUUCUGAACGGAGGCAACAAGGCCAUCGUGGACUACCUCAUGACCUUUGGCUCCAACACAAUGGAUCAAAAUCUACGAACUGAACUGAUCAACCAUAGGCUUUUUAUACCAACAAGUUUCUACAAUACGUUGACCCAAAAAACUGAAGAAAUUAAAAUUCCCUUCUAUGUCAACUUUGAUGGAUUGGACGGCUCGCUCUCGACUUUAUUCAAAUCAACUUCAAGACCUCUGACCCAAUUUGGAAUGAAGUAUCAAGUUGUGGGACCGGGCGGAGCCAAGCAAAUCUUCACCAUGCCUUUUACUCUGAUUGAAUAUCAGGGAAGAAAGAGGCAGUUUCUGACCCUGCCAACAUGUACUGCUUUCAAGAUGUAUGGAUUUGUGUCUGAUAAAGAGUACCUCAUUGAUCCAGAUGGGAUCAACAACGGAGAGGAACCAUUUGUGGUAAACUGCAACAUGGAAAAAGGUGAAACUGUUGUCAAUCACGACCGCGCUGAAUCCAUGGUCGCCAGUUACCAAGCCGGCAAGAAUACAGUGGACGUUAAUAUCAACUACGAGGGCGCUACAAAGAAACAGCUCCUCGCUCUGCGGAGCGUCUCGGAUAUGUGCAGCCAGGAGAUGACGCACGAAUGCGUGCAGAAGUCGACUCAUUUUGUCAACGGGAAAGCGCAUAUCUGGUGGGAGAGUCUGGACGGGGUCAAAAGAGAGAAUUGGGGCACGAAAACUGAAGAAAAGAUGUGUCACUGUGGUGUUAACAAUGCCUGCAGUGAUGCCAACAGCCUCUGUAACUGUGACAGUAGAGGAGGUGUCAGCGAUUGGGGAACCCUCACAGACAAAGACACCCUUCCUGUCGGAAAGGUCGUCUUUCAGAAACCUGUGGCUACGGACAGCGAGGACAAUCUCAAAGUCGGGCAAUUCAGAUGCGGCGGAGAUCAGUCCUCAAGCACUCUUCAGUUUUUCAUCUUCAUGAAUCAGAUGCUAGCCAAUCCCAAGAAGACUUGCCAUGAGUUUAAGGAGCUCGGUUACGAGUUGGACGGUGUUUACUUAAUCGACCCGGAUGAGAAGGAAGGAGAACGACCUUUCACUGUCUUCUGUGAGAUGGAAAAGCAGAAUGAAGGAAUCACCGUUGUCCACCAUGACCUCAGCGACCAACGAACCCAAGUCAAUGGCUACGAAGAACCAGGUAGCUACGCCAGGAAAAUUAACUAUCGAGCUACCUCGAGACAAAUCGAUAACUUGAAGGCUGUUUCCGGUAAAUGUGAACAGGAGCUCAUGUACGAGUGUCAAGGGUCUGCGUUUCACGUCGGCACGGUUCUCAACCAUUGGUGGGUGUCAUUCAAUGGGGAUAAAAUGCCAAACUGGGGUGGGGCCCCGUGCGAUUUCGAUGGGUGUGCUUGCAAGUCUGAUUCGAGUUGCGUCGACAACCUCAAAUGCAACUGUGACAAAGAUGACAAUGUCAUGCGUAAGGACGGUGGCAAGCUGGAUGACAAGGACAAGCUACCCGUCUCCGAGCUUCGCUUCGGUGACACUGGCAGCGCUGAGGAGAUGGGGUACUACACUCUAGGAGCAUUGAAAUGCUGGGAUGCCUCUGAAAAGAAAAUAACAAGGCGCUUCUUGCUCAAAUCUUGCAGUGAAAUCAAAAGGGAUGAUCCUUUUGCGCUGAGUGGUAACUACCAUAUAAGACCUUCAGACUCCAAGGAUGAAUUCCUCGUCUAUUGUGACAUGUCCGGCACUGAAGGAGUGACGGUCGUUUACCCCGACAAAGGAGAGACUCUUCAAAUCGAUGGUUUCUACGAGGAGCCCGGAACCUGGUCGCGAACGAUCCAAUAUGGCGCAUCGGAGCCGCAGCUCAAAGCCCUGACAACGGUUUCUACUACCUGUAAACAAUACAUCAGCCACGGUUGUUACGGCUCACUCCAUCACAGCAGCGAGACUGGCAAGAUGUACACAUGGUGGGAGUCUAGAACGGGAGUGAAGAUGAUGAAUUGGGGGGAGGUGGCUGAUGGCUGCCAGUGCUCUGUCAGUAACACUUGUAAGGGAGGUCCAAGCACAAAGUGUAACUGUGACGUCAACACUCAGAGCUACAUGACGGACGAAGGUUACCUGACCGAUAAAAGUAAACUGCCUGUGAGUGGGAUCCGCUCUGGUGAUGUCAGCGAUGAUAAGGGACUGGAAUAUGGAACGGCCAAGCUGGGGCCGCUGAUGUGUCAAGACGCCGGUUCAAAUGAACAGACCAGUAGAGCUCUCGCCGAAGCAGAUGACGUCUGUGACGAAAUCACAACGGAAGGCAACGUAGAACGUUAUCUCUCGGUAGGAGACUUUAAAGAUUUUCACUUUGACCUGUACGGUUUGGGAAAAGCUACUGUGAAUCUAGCCGAAGCUAGUUCUUUGUCUGCGUCUUACAAAAUUGAAAUUGGAACGGACUUGGACAAACAAAAAGUGAUCCUGAGCCUGUGCAAUGACGACAGCAAGUGUUCUGUCGCAGAAGAGAAAUCCUUUACUUCCUCCACCAGUAGUGAUGGUGUGGAACGUAGCUUCACUGUCAACGUUAAGAGCGAGAACAUCGUGCUGCAAUCUGGAGACGAGGCCUUGAGUUUUACCAGGCCUCGUCAGGAUGGAGCGACACACUUGGAGCCCAAGUAUUUCACCUUCUCAACAGAAGAAGCGAUCAGCUGGAAGUUUGACUGUCCAUCUUUCAAAUAUAUCUGCAGUGUAAAAGACGCAAUCACAUGCGCGGAUAAAAAACCACGCAUCAAGACGGUCCGCUAUGGAGUCCCGGCCGCGAACCCGUGCAACGAAGCAGUAGAUUAUUCACAGUGCAGCGGCAUGUCACUGCUGAACAAAAAAUCUGUGAGUCAAUUGUGUUCGGGGAAGUCCUGUUUCUACAUGAAGAAAUCUUUGGAGGAUGGCCAGUGCACUGCUCAAGGGAUGGUUCUUAAGGUGGAAUAUGAAUGCGACUACAAGGAGGGUAGGACGUUAGACUUGGCCAACCCAUGCAAUAGUAACCCAUGCCAGAACUCUGGGACGUGUGACUCCCCAGACGGUGAAGACACCUACAGUUGCGAGUGUGGACAAUACUUUACGGGACUCAACUGUGAAACAGAACUGGUGUCUUGCAGUGCCUGGGGCGACCCUCACUACCAAAACUUCGCACGGCAGAAUUAUGACUUCAUGGGUAAUUGCACAUACGUGUUAGCCCAAGACUGCAUAGAACGUCGCUUUAAAGUUCUAGUGAGGAAUGAGUCGCCUAAGAAGAACCCUGCCGUUUCCAGCACUGUUAUGGUUGAAGUUAUUUUAGAUCUUGUGGUAAUUGAAAUGAAGCAAGGUGGAGAAAUCGUGGUCGAUGAUGUGCCUCAGUCUUCACCAACAGUUAUUGAGGAUACUUUCUCUAUAACCGACAAGGGCGAUAUCAUUGAGCUUGUGGCACCUGAAUUUCAGCUGACGGUGACGUGGAACAACAAAAAUAACGUCGAAGUGUUUCUCCCAAAGUAUUCAGGGGAUAUCUGUGGAUUAUGCGGUAACACCAUUGGAGAACCCGAGGUGAAGGACCCAGUUCUAUUCAGCAAUAGGUGGCAGGUAGGGGAAUGCAAAUCAAAUACCGCUGUUGGAGAACGGUCCAAUCCAGCAGAAUCGGCUGAGACUCUAGCUUUUAGAAGAAGCAUUGCUGAGACAUUUUGCAAAGCCAUCUCAGUCAGUGAUCCUUUUGAGAGAAUAUGUCCACAAUUAUACCGCGACAUGAAAUCGAAAUACUUGAAUUGGUGCAUUUUUGACAACACACAAAAAAGCAUCCAGACUUAUUGCUCUUACAUCCAAGAGUACAAGAGGAAAUGUGACGAGGAAAGCAGUGAAAUGUUCCCAACCAACUGGAUGAAAGAGAACACUGAAUGCUAUCAAGGAUGUCCAUCCCAUCUGAACUCAACCACAUGCAAGUCAUGCGAGUCUACUUGUGCGUCUUUACGUCUCCCACAAACGUGCACACAAGUGUGUAACUCGGGAUGUCAAUGCCCGGCCGGUCAUUACGAAGAGGAUAACGAGUGUGUACUUGAGGAGCAAUGUGGAUGCGCAUUCGAGGGAAAGUACUAUGAGUUGGGCUCGGAGUUCCUGUCCGCGGAUUGUCAAAUUCUCCACACCUGUGUUAAAGGUAACAAAGUCCAAAGAACAACACCCACUGAUCGGUUAUGCCACUCGACCAAUCCAAACACUCUGUGCCAGGUGACUAACGGGGUCACAGAGUGUACCUGCAUGGACGGAUUUGAACCUAGUACCGACAAGUCAACAUGUAACGCUAUCUCAAACCAAGGCCUGGUCAGAACAGGGCGAUUCUUUAACUUCUGGGGUGGAGGAUUUGGCAAUGACAAACGUCGAAGGAGAGAUGCAAUUAGUGAAGACUGCAAUGUGGAGCUUGGCAUAACCUCGGGUAAAAUACCUCUUUCUAAAAUCACGGCGUCAUCCAGCAAGAAUCAGCUUUCAACAGCGAGUUCGGCACGCCCUGGUACCCCCAACUCCUGGAUACCCAGAACGAACAACAACAACCAAUGGAUCAUGGUGGACAUCAAUAUUCCAACAGAGAUUACUGGUGUGACUACUUGGGGUGGACAACGAGAGAAGAGAGGUGUGAUUACUGACGGCUGGGUGUCGGCCUACGGAGUGGAACUUGGCAUGGAUGGUCAAACGUGGACAGGUGUUCAUGAUGUUCAAGGCCGUCAACAGUUUUCGGGAAACAUCGACGCGAUCUCUCCACAGACCAAUAUGUUGAAAGAGAUGGAACGUGCACGCUUUGUACGUAUCAUUCCUAUAUCGUGGCAUGGACAAACACGCUUGCAGUUUGAGGUCAUUGGAUGUAAACAGCAAUGUGAUUCAGAGGUCGGUGGUUUCCCGGUCAACCGCCACAUCUCAUCCGACAACUGGUUCGUCGUCAACAGCGCAGAAACCAUCAACUGCGUGGGCGUGGUCAAGUCCUGGAAGGUAAUCCGCGCUCGAAAUGAGCCCUUCGAGGCAUGGGUGCUCCGCCCCGAGAAGUCGGACCCGAAAAAAUUCCUUCUCGUAGGGAGCACUCACAUCCCCGCCGGUCCGGUCGACGAGGAAGUGGAAUUUGAACUGGAUGAAAACCAGCGCAUACCCGUUAAGACAGGAGAUGUUGUUGGGUUUUUGUACGAGCACAAUCCUCUGUACUCCAGCGAAGAAGGAGAAGAGACAGUGGAUUUCUUGUGGGUGAACAUCCGAGACAUUACCAAGUAUGAGAUGAUGCGGCCCGGGUCGCAUAUCAAGUUUACUGGGGGGCCGGCCCGUCGUGCUUUUUCAGCUGUUGCCGUAUUGGAGCCUUCAACAGGUGCGCCAGUUUUGCCAGUUCUUUGCAACACAGAAAUGGGAUUAAAUGCCAUUAAGAAACGGAUCCCAGACACGUCCUUUACGGCUAGCAGUCAUGUGAAGGGACACUCGGCAUCGAGAGGACGUCUUCAUAUUGAAUCGGGGCAGGAUGGCGGAGGAUGUGGCUGGACACCUAGUCGUCGUGACAGAAAUCCAUGGCUGCAGGUUGACCUCGGUGAUCAGCAGCAGUUGACUGGAAUCGUAACACAGGGUCGCCAUACUACAGCUGGCCGAAAGAAAUAUUGGGUUCACAAAUAUUUCGUCCAGUUCAGCCAAGACGCAGAGCAUUGGAACUUCAUUGAAAAGCCAAAUGGAAGACGCCAGCAUUUCUACGGCAACGUGGAUAAGAACACAGCUAAGUACAACUACUUGGAGAAGGCCAUCGUCGCAAGGUACAUUCGCAUCAGACCUAAGAAUCCACGCAGGAAAAAGAUUGGUCUUCGUGUGGAGUUCCUUGGUUGCCCUGAAUUGGAUCCAUGUGCUAGCAGCCCAUGCGAACAGGGAGGUACGUGCAAGCAAGCGUCAGGCCUAAACCCAGACGGUUACGUCUGCAAAUGUCCGCAGGGAUGGACCGGCAAGAAUUGUGAUGCAGAGGAGGGAGUUUGUCACAGUGCAGGUGAUGCACACUACCAUACAUUUGACGGACGCCACUUCUACUUCCCCGGCGAGUGCUCUUACACUCUAGCCAAAGACUGUAGCGUCGGCGCAACUCCUAUCUUUGAUAUCGUAACGAACAACGCCCCAACGGGACGGCAGAUUGAAAUCGCCACUAACGGCAUAAUGUUUGAGUUUAAACAAGAGGGAGUCGUUCAUGUUGACGGUGAGGCUUGCAAUCUUCCCAUCAAGCGUUACGGUGUAUCGGUCAUUCAUAACGCACUGACUGGCGUACUGCUUGAAACAACUUAUGGUUUGACUGUAGAAUGGGACGGACAUCACAGAGUUAUCGUAAGCCUGCCAUCUUCAUUUGGAGGCACCGUUUGUGGUCUUUGUGGCAACUUCAACGGUGACAAAGACGAUGAUAUUCAGGACCCUAUGACCGAAGCACAGUUUGGAGAAUCCUUUUCUACAAAUGCUGCGUGUGGAGAAUGCGCGGAAUGCAUAUUGCCCAAACCGUGUCAACAAUACCCUGAUAAGCUCACCAAGGCCAGGGCAUUGUGCAAACCUAUUCUUGACACUGCUGGUCCUUUUGCAGACUGCCAUCAUGUUCUGAAACCGACGUUCAUUUACGGCGACUGUCUUGAAGACAUUUGCGGCUCUGACUUGAUCAGCAUAGUACCCGUUUGCACCCAGCUGGCUGAGUAUGCUGAUUUGUGCGCCAUGCAUGGAGUAGUUAUCAAGUCAUGGAGAAAGACGGAACUGUGCAGUAUUACCUGUCCGGUGGGCAUGAUGUACAAUCCUUGUGGCAGUGCUUGUCCAGCCACCUGCGGAGAUCCUCAUGCUCCUAAUACUUGCACCAAACCAUGUGAAGAGACCUGUGAAUGCCCAGAUGGACUCCUGAAGGAAGGUAACAAGAUGUGCGUGGAACCCUCCCAGUGUGGAUGCACCGACAACGGCUGUUAUUUUGAGAGUGGCUCUACUUUCUACCGUUUUGGUUGUACUGAGAGGGGUCUGUGCGGCUUAGAUGGAGAGGUGGUAUACAUACCUUCACAGUGUGGAGAGAAUGCUGUCUGCGGAUCUAGAAAUGGAGUGUAUGGUUGCUACUGCGAUAGCGGAUUCUCUGGAGAUGGCCAACAGUGUCAAAGUGUUGAAGACGACGCCUCUCUGCUCGUCUGUGAAGGUGAGGAGUUAAGCAUCUUCUGCGCUCCUGGUGAGACUAUCGUCAUCAUUGAAGCCGUAUACGGAAGGAGCGAAGAUUUCCAGAAGUGUCCGAGCGCGACACAACCACGCGGAGUUUGCGAUGACGGGUCCGCACUAUCCGUUACGAGAACCAAGUGUCAAAGGAAGGAAUCAUGUAUAUUGCCGGUGUCUUCUGAGGUUUUUGGAGAUCCUUGUUUUGGUGUCAAGAAGUACCUUGAGGUUGAUUACCAAUGCAGUGCCUUGGCUGCCGUACCUUCUGAAUCCAGCCAAGAGAUUAUGAAGAGAGUAUGCCAAGGAGAUGAUAUGGAGAUAGAUUGUGGAGAUCUCUUUAUUGAGGUUGUGAGUGCUGUCUACGGACGGUUGACCGAUGGUCAAGUUUGUCCAGGAGGUAACAUUCAGAGCACGGACUGUGUAGCGGCAUCGUCCCUAUUGGUCGUUCAAGAGAUGUGUCAGGGAGAACACAAGUGUACUGGUCUUCAAGCGGCCAGUCAUGUGUUUGGUGCCAAUCCAUGUGAAGGAACAUUCAAAUACUUGGAGGUCCGGUACAUGUGUAACGCAGAGGUGUUGCCGAAAGAGAGCAUUAUCAUCAACCCUUGCGCCCUUGAACCGUGUCAGAAUGGUGGUCAGUGUGUUACUGUUCAUACUGUGGAAGGGUUCAUGUGCAAAUGCCCUCAUGAUUGGACUGGACCAACCUGUGAGAAUGAGGAAGUCAGUUGUCGCAUAUCGGGACUAUCUCAUUUUAUCGACUUCAACCAGCAGAGUUUCACAUUCUUGGGCGAUUCUAAGUACAUUUUAGCGGAAGGAUGCCUGGGCAGCGAGCACACAUUCAAAGUGAUGGUCGAGAUGAGCAGGUCACCCAUCAAUAAUGAAGUGACCUCAGUUAAAGAUGUCCAUGUGCAUUAUGAUGACAGGAUUGUUCAGCUCAAACAUGAGCACAGGGUUCUAGUUGAUGGAGAGAAGGCAUCUAGCUCAGUCAACCUCAACUUUGGUAAAAUAAAGCUCUGUCGAGUCGGUAACUACUUGUUGCUGAGAACCGAUUUUGGAAUGAUAGUUGCAUGGGAUGCUCUUAAUCGUGUUCAAGUAAGAAUACCUGACAUCGUAGCCAGGAAAUCUUGCGGUCUGUGCGGCACAUAUCAAGGAGUCUCAGAUGAACCCGUUGGGUUUGUCAAUAGCGAUGGGAACAAGGUUGAUGACUUGCACGCAUUUGGAUCGAGCUGGCGUGUUGCAGCUGACCCUCCAGCCUUUGUUCACACCAAUCUCAUAGACACACCUGCCUGUAUUAAGUGGCCAGAGAAUCUGCAGUACGCAAAAUACGCUUGCUCCUCUCUGGACAAUGAUGACCAAAGCAGUCCGUUCAAGAGCUGUUUUGGUAAGGUCAAUCCAUCAAGGUACUAUGAGAACUGCUUGUAUGACCUCUGUUCCUCGCUGCCUAGUCGGGAGUUAUUCUGCCAGGCUUUGGCUGAGUAUGCUGAUGCUUGUCUGGACGAUGGUAUUAUUAUUGAAAACUGGAGGAGCACCGUCUUAGGAGGACAGUGUGCAAUGACAUGUCCUAAAGGUCAAGAGUACAGCGCUUGCAUCCAAUCCUGUCCCAAAUCAUGCGGUGAGCCUCAUGCUGGCAAAGAACCAGUAGAUAGGUGUUAUGAGGGAUGUACUUGCAAAGCAGGAGAAGAUCUUAAAAACUUCCAAGAUGGAGAUCAAUGUUUGCCAGAGUCAAAGUGUGGCUGCGCCCGUCGGGGUAUCUACUACCCACCCGGACAGCGAGCUGUGAAUGAGGUCUGCACAGAACAGUUUGUGUGUCUACCCGGGGGUGACUGGAUCUCCAACCCGUUGACAUGUGAUGUCAACGCUCACUGUGGAUUGGUAGAUUACAAGCACGGCUGCGUAUGCAAUGCUCAACACGUUGGAAACGGCAAGAGAUGCUACCACCAUGGAGACAUCAAACACGAAGAAGCGUCUCAAGGAGGAAAGCUUAGCAUCAACUGCGGAUCAGAGUAUGUAGACAUCAUCUCCGGCACCUACAGUGUCUUCGAUAGAAGCAGUGCAGGGUCACCCACCGACCGAGACUGCCCUACCGACAACACCCUGGACGUACUCGCCAAUCACAUCAUUGGUGGUAGUAAACUCAAGGUCAUCUCCUCAGCCAUGCAGUUCGGCGACAGCUGCCAGCCGGAGAACAACCUCUUGAACGUCACUUAUUUAUGCUCGGAGGAGCUUCCAGUGCACGAGGUGGAACGCGGUAGGGUGGUUCACAUGAGAGCUUGUGAGAAUAGGAUGGUUCAGCUGAAGUGCAAGAAGGGACAGAAGAUGGAGAUUCUGAGCGCCAAGUACGGGAGGAACGCCGGGAGUGAGGUAUGCCCGAGCAAACAGAUUCGUACGACAAGUUGCUUAGCACCACAGGACAGGACCCUUAAAAAGCUUGAGAAGCAUUGCCGUGGACGUGACAAGUGUAUAAUUCACGUGAAUGGACGACGUUUCUUCAGAAAUGAUCCAUGCAGCGGAACUCACAAGUACCUUGAUGUAACCUUCAAGUGCAACGACUAUUAGAAAGAAAGCUCAACAUCUGGAAUAUCAAAACCAACUAGUCUGCAGGCAAAAAAAAAA